AUGGAAAAAGACAGUUUCCAGCAGUUAGAACUAGAGAAGGGUAGACCUUCCAAGAGGAGGACUCCCAAAAGAGUUAUCCAUUUUGUUGAUGGUGACAUUAUGGAAGAAUAUAGCACAGAAGAAGAGGAAGAAAAAGAGGAACAGAGAACAAAUUCAACACUUGAUCCUUCUAAACUUUCAUGGGGGUCCUACCUAUGGUUUUGGGCAGGGCGAAUAGCAAGGACCUCAUUUUCUACAUGUGAAUUCCUUGGUGGAAGAUUUGCUGUCUUCUUUGGUCUUAAUCAACCCAAAUACCAGUAUGUGUUAAAUGAGUACUAUAGAACACAAAAUAAGGAAAGUGACAAAGAAAGUGAAGGGAAUGGAUCAAAGACCCAACCAGCCAAUGUUCCCAAUGAAAAGUGUCACCUGGAGGCUGGGGGCCGAGAGUAUGGAACGAGACAACAGGACAUUGCCGAGGGCAUUCCUCAGUGGAGUAUCUCAUCCAGCGAGGGCCUGAAGGCAGAUUCCAGCUCCUAA